UGAUUUGUUUUCCCUGUCCUGGUGGCAGAGUUACUGUGAUCGUCCGACAUACAGAGUGACUACGAUAUUGACUGAGCCUUACCUGAUCAGCACAAAUCCAAUGAAGGGAUUCAUCCCUGAUUUACUGGACGAGAUUUCGGAUAUUUUAAAUGUGACCCUGGUCGUCAAUCAUGUAGAGGAUAAUAGGUAUGGAUCUCAUGACUCGCAUGGCAACUGGGAUGGGAUGAUUGGCGAACUGAGGGCCAAUAAAAGUGACCUAGCUGCCGCCCCACUGACAUUGACAGUAGAGAGGUCGCGUUACGUUCACUUUUCACAUCCAUUCGAAGAACUGUCGCUGAGGAUUCUAGUUAAGAAACCGUCAACGCACAUUCUCAACGACGAUGCAGUUCUGCUUUUCCGGCCACUAACUGUCGGAGUGUGGCUAUCAGUCAUCGCCGGCUUCCUUGUUAUCAGCAUCGUGCUUUACACCAUCGGCAGGUACAGCCCAAUACAGAGAGAACAGACAGAAGGCGGGGUCUUAUGGGCACUGUGCCUCACAUGUGGAGUCAUGUCACUACAAGGCUAGUAUACAACAAACUGGGUAAUGGUAAAGAGGGGUGUUAUGGGCACUGUACCUCAAAUGUGGAGUCAUGUCACUACAAGGCUAGUAUACAACAAACUGGGUAAUGGUAAAGAGGGGUGUUAUGGGCACUGUACCUCAAAUGUGGAGUCAUGUCACUACAAGGCUAGUAUACAACAAACUGGGUAAUGGUAAAGAGGGGUGUUAUGGGCACUGUACCUCACAUGUGGAAUCGUGUCACU